AUGGACCAGUUGCGCCACCUCGCCCUUAGUCUUUCGGACCCAAAUUUGUGGGAGGCGCGGGAGGCACGCCUGGAAUUGGCUCGCUUCAUGGAGCCUGAAAAUCUUUUCAAUAUGUGGCUUCAAGGCGAACAAGAGACAGCGGAGACGCUUCUCCGUGAGGCAGAGGCCGUUGGAAGCCCCGAAGUUUACGCUGCUCUUGGCAACGCCUUUAAGCGGCUUUUUGAUACGAGUGCGGGCAGAGCAGCUGCAGAGGAGUUCCUCCGGUUGGACACCUCGCACAUUGUCACACGUUUUCUUGUGAAUGGCGUGGCGCACGAGGAUCUCUACAGAGCAGCAAGUGUGCGACCGGCAUUGAUUAGCGUGAUGGCUAUACUACCAUCUGAUUUAGCACCGCGUGUGGGAGAGUUGUUUUCAGCCUCUCUGCAGAACGAGCGGGUUCUGCGCUUGUUUGACGAGAAUAAACCUGAAUCUCCAGAGAAUGAAAUAGUGUGCCAAUUCCUGCUCCAUUACACCGUGUUGAUUUCGUUUAUAACCUCAACGACAGUAGACGCGUUUGAACACGACCCGCUUCUUGUGGCCAACUACCUAAUGAUUAGCUGUAUUAUUUCUAGGCAUGUGGUGAUACCACCAGAGUUGCUUGAAAAAAUUGAUAGGGCGCUCACGGAAUACAAGAAUACGUUUGUCUUCUGCUUUGUAUGCCGCGCAUGUGCUACGGCCCUUCAACAUCAUGAAGUUAACGCCACAAGGUACGCGUCUUCGUGGGGAGUGAAAGCUGCCCUUUCCUUGUCGCAAUGUGACGACAACACUCGAGGUGCCGUUUAUGGUAUUCUUGCCGCCACAAGCACCACUGCCGCUGGAUGGAGUAGUGUGUUUCCGUGUGUGCCCAUAAAUGAGGAGAUCAUUCGCGCAUUGCGCGUUACCGCGCUCCGCCCAGAGACCCUGGGCUUAAUGGAUAUACUCGCACAAUCUCCACAUGUCCCAGACUCAUUUUUUAGUUCCUCACUAUUGCAAGCUGCAUGGCAGUUACACAGGGAUGCUAAUGAUGUUACCCGAGAGAAUUUGUGGAGUUUUAUUAGCGAUGGCCUGACGCGAGACAACAUUGUGCUGUCGUUGGCAACUUUAUGUGCCUCAUUUUUGUGUUCCCUACCGCAUGAAGUUAGCGUAAAGGUACGUGAGUUGCAGCUUCGGGUUGCUGAUUUUCUUGUUAAGAGAGGAGGUCUUUCCCAGGAGGUGGUACAAGGUCUAAAACAGUUUUCUUCACGUGGACUUUAUCCGCCCACAUCUGUCGGUGCGGAGGCGCUUGCACCGCGUUAA